AUGGAUUCCAGUGAGAACGUCCACAUCAUGAACAACAGUAACCCUUCAAGAAAUGCUGGCCGCAGGAUACUCGGCACUCAGAUUUCGGAUUUUUUGAACCACGACACUCCUGCUCGACGCCAGUUGAUGACAAUGCCAAACCGCGUACCACAGAACCUACCAGAUAUGGAAAUUUCUUUCCAAUACAAUCCCUUGGAACUGUCGAAUCCGAUAGCCCAGAAUCCAACUGGUAACAGAAGCCCUUUCCGAAAUCAGACUAUGGGAUUAUACUAUUUCACGCCUCAGAACACCGAUGCCAAUGGUGGUCAUUGUGGAACUUAUCAGGCGGAAAUGCCAACCAACAUCCUGGGCAAUCCCGUUGGAAACGGCUCUACUUCAAUUUCAAGCAAUCCGCUUCAAAGUCCAGCUGAUGAAGUUUUCGGGGUUGAUGACGGACAAAUGACUAAUGUCUUGUCCUCAGGGGCUUUCGAUACUGGAUGCUUCACUGAGAACGAUGUCCUGGCGAUGCAGGAUCUCCUCGCCCAGGACGUGGGGAACUAUAACGGCUUUGACUACCUCGGUGUCGAUCUGUCUCAUCAGGAGGAGGUUCAGCUCGGAGCUGGAUUUACGGGCUUCCCGCGCUUUCAACGAAACAAUGCCCAAGGAAACCUCUUUUUGCAAAGCCAGCAAGAUAUCACCAACGGACAGAUGGAAACCCAGCAGACACUUGCGAACCAGCUGCAGACCGAGAUUCAAGCACAGCAGGACAAGAUCUCUUCGCUUAAAAAAGAACACGAGGAAGUUGUCACGAUACUUCAAAAGCAGAUACAGUCACUCAAGUACGCAAACAAGGUACUGCACACAGAGAAACUGGUAGCCAAAAGCUUCUACAACAUGCUUCGAGGCAGAUACGAUUUCAUUAUUGGACCAGACGGCAAACUGUUUCCAGUAAUCCCCAAUACCAAGGAGGGCGCAGUUCUCGAUAUCGAAAAACCAAAGCCACCAUUCCAGAAGGCGUAUGAAGACAAGAUGAGGCGACUGAAGCAGGAAUAUGACGGCGCACUUCUGAAAGCCGACAUCUGCCACUUGUGUCCAGUGCACCACAACAACCAUCUGCAAAUGCAAGCUCCACUCGUGGAAUACACUGCUCGUCAAUUCAUUGGCCUCACCGGCGAGGCUCCAGAGCCAGAUCCAGAUUUUCGACAGCGUUCAAUCCAAGGGUAUCUGGCCAAUGCUGCUCGAGAAGAGCUGCUGGAGGGCAGAAACCCCAACGAGCAAAUCACAACUCCCGCGGAGACCGCAACUACUGUUCAAGAGACGGCCACAACAGAAACUACAACAGUUAAUGCAACAGUUCCACCGGCAACCCAAGCAACCCAAGUCGCAACGGCCCCUGCAGGAAGCUCUCAAACUUUUGCAACCGGGUUCGUGAAGCGUCCAGCAUCGCCAUCAACGCCCCCUCCCGAGACUGAAUAUGCCAGCCCCGUAAAGCGCCUGAAACACAAGAAGUCCGACUAUGGUUGGAUGCCACCGAGCCAAAAUCUUGCUUUGAGGAAAGCAACAGGCGAUCUCCUUCAUCCUUUGAAAGAAUGGAGUCUUAAGCAGGCUGCUGGACUUGGAAACUCUGACGCCGUUGCCGUCGGUCACAUCGCAAUCAACACACCGACAGCGAAGCAGGAGCCCUCAAUGCCACCCCCCAAAAGAGUCUCGGCUCCACGAUCUGCGCCUACUGCGCCCAAGCCUCGAAAGGUCACCAAAACGAAAUCUGCGGCGCCAAAGAAGUCGAACAAUCGCAAAGCGAGCAAGGCAAAGGCGAAGUCAGCUGCAGCACUAUCAGCAGAUCUCACCAAUGCCCUCGCCAAUUCCGACAAUGUCAUCACAACCAGCAGCAGCUUUGGAUUCAACUACUUGCAUGAAGCUCCCUCUGCCCGAAGUCCCACCCCUGCAUUUCCACCAACUGCUCCGCCCAUGGACAUGGACGGCGAAUACGAAACCGAGGAGGAUGAAGACGCAUGCCUCGAAGAUUGCGACUUGGAAAUUAUCGGCCAUAGCGACAACUACCUUCUGUCCGACGAUGGCGGGAUCCCUCGGUCGUCUCCAUUCUUGGAGGUCGACGACGACGAUGUGGCCGACAUUAUCGCUCUGCUCGAGGAGCCCGAAGAGCCAAACAAUCAGCAGAGCAAGGCUUCCCACGCCACCGUUACCGAAAGUGGUGCCGGUGAGCAUGACUUCACUCAGAGCCAAGGAAAUACUACCGGAGACGUCGAUCAGGAAGCUUCGGAGGAUGCGGCCGGUGACAGAGACGAUAAUUGGGACAUGGACAGCCUCUUCGACUUCUCGGGAGGUGAGGCACAGGAGGCACAGGAGGCACAGGAGGCACAGGAGGCACAGGAGGCACAGGAGGCACAGGGACCACGGGAACCUCAACAACUACAGGUUAGCUGGCAGGAUGAGGAAAGCGAGAUGAGCGAGGAGGAGUGA